AUGGAAAGACAUAUCAAUGGGACUUUGCAAUCUGCUGCUGAUGCUGUGACAGAUAACAAGUAUGAUGAAACUUAUAAUAGCUCAUAUAAUGACCAAGGAUAUUCCCAAUACAACCCAUUUGAAGGAUCUAUAAUAUAUGGCUUCAUUUUAGUCAUCUGUUGUAUGGGAUUUUUGGGGAAUGGAAUUGUCAUCUGGCUUCUUGGUUUCCGCAUUAGGAGGAAACCGUUUACCCCCUACAUCCUUAAUUUGUCUGUUGCUGACUUUGCAUUCCUCCUGAGCCUAGAGUUAUUUUAUUCUAUUGAGUUUACUGAUUCUUUUCCUUAUAGAAUUGCUGUUUAUCUCUUAGCCUUCACAUACAACACUGGACAACUUCUCCUGACAGCCAUCAGCAUUGACAGAUGUGUGUCUGUCCUCUUCCCUAUUUGGCAUCGGUGUGUCCGGCCAACACACUUGUCCACCACUGUGUGUGCCCUCAUAUGGGUCCUCUCCUGUCUGCUCUCCAUAGUCCUCUACAUUCUCAAAGAAACAUCUUUCCUUAGAUCAAAUACCAUCUUUCUUCGUAUCCCCAGAGAAUUUUUCCAAUUUCUCAUUACUGGACUGGUUUGCCUCCCACUCAUGACAAUUUCAACUGUGAUCCUUUUCAUCAAAGUCUGUUUUAAAUCACACCCACGAAAGCAGGGAAGGCUUUUAAUAGUUAUUUUACUCACACUCUUCUUCUUCCUCAUGCUUGCUUUUCCACUCAAUGCCAUUCUUCUCGAUAGUUUAAUUGUUGGCCUGAAAAUUCCCGUUCGAUUCCAUUAUGCCGCUUUGUGUGCCUCGCUCAACAGCAGUGUGAACCCCUUCCUCUAUUUUCUGGUUGGGAGGAAGAAGGGAGGUCGAUCUCGGGAGAGCCUAAUGGUCAUCCUCCAGCGGGUUUUGAAUGAGGAGGAGAAUGACAGACAGGAAAUGGACCCUCCUUGUUCCAACCCACUUAGGAACCUUUCAUAA